UUCUUGUGAGUGACAAAUACCAGAGCGAAGAUGGAAGUCCGAAUAAUCUCCACCCACUGCAUCAAACCCUCCCACCUGACUCCACAAGACCUCAAAUCCCACAACCUCUCUCUCUUGGAUCACUUCGUGCCUCCCAUCUACAUACCCAUGAUUCUGUUCUACACCGAUGCUACCCUUGAUGGCCACCACAGAUUACAUCUGCUGUGCCAAUCCUUAUCAGAAACCUUGACUCUCUUCUACCCCUUCGCCGGCACCAUCAAUGACAAGCUUUUCGUUGAUUGUGACGACCGAGGCAUUCCCUUUUCCGAGGCAAAGGCAAACUCUACUCUUGCCCACUUCUUCAACCAGCCCAAUCUGGCAUCAUCCCUGCAUAAACUUCUCCCCGUGCAACCGACUUGGGACGAAUCAAGCCAAGGAGUUCACGUGGCCGCGAUACGAGUGACCGCCUUUGAAUGCGGUGCCUUAACCGUCGGCGCCAUCGUGUCCCACAUGAUAGCCGAUGGGGCUGCAACAAGCUUCUUUCUCAAAAGCUGGGCUGCCACGGCUCGUAAGGCUAAUGAUCACCACCCAUCUCCUAAUUUUGAGGCUCCGCCAGUAAUAUUCCCCGACAAGGCGGAUGUAUUACCCAAGCACGCAGGCAUUAUGGCUCUGUGUGGGCGCUUCAUUAAAAGGGGCAAGACCGUCACAAGGAGACUCAGGUUCGGGGCGUCGGCAAUGGCGAAGCUGACGGCCGAGGGGUCCAGCUCCAGAGUGCCGAAUCCUACUCGAGUGGAGGUUGUAUCCGCCCUUAUCUGGAAGUCUAUGACGGCGGCCUUGAAGAGCGACUCUGUUUUAAUAUCGCACGCGGUGAACAUGCGGAGGAGGGCAGUUCCGGCAUUUUCGGAAGGGUAUAUGGGUAAUUUCCUGUGGGCAGCGCCAGCCUUAAGCAGGGGAGUUGAGCUUCUGCCCGAGCUGGUCAUCAAAAUUAGGGAAUCAAUAACAAAAAUUGAUGCUGACUUGGUGAAGAGCUUGCAAGGUGAAGGAGGGAGCGUCAGAUACUGCGAGGCGCUUGGAGAGAUGGCGGGUGAAGCUGCUGGUGGCGAGGCUUACGUGGGAUAUUCGAGUUGGUGCGGGUUUGGGCUCUAUGACGUUGAUUUUGGGUGGGGAAAACCAGCGUGGGUGGCUUGUACGGGGUCCACUGGCGACGAGGCCUUGUCCUUUAACGCCGUCGUUCUCGUGGACACACCUUCUGGCCACGGAAUAGAAGCUUGGCUUUAUUUGCCGCCCGAUGACAUGGCCAUGUUAGAACAAGACAAGGACCUCCUUGCUUUCGCUACGUUAGAUCCCCAUCCUCUUGAAACCAACGCCCCUUCAUUAUACUAAGCUUUGCAGCCCCCCUUGAUCCUUGUGUUUGCCUCAAUUUUCUCUAAAAUCACAAUCAUAUCAUAAUCGAAAUGUUUAUAUUUGAAUCAAACUUAGCACUUGAGCGCCCUUUCAUGACUAUAAUCA